AUGCUUAAAAUAGAGGAGUACUAUAGUUAAUUCUUUUGUAAAGAUUAAAAAAAUAUCAUCUUUAGAUUUCUUUUUCUUAUUAUUGAACAAUUUAGAAAUUUAGAAGGAGAUGAAAAUUGAUGCAAUUUUAUUAUUGAAGAAAGCAUGGUUUCCAUCAUCGUAGAAUGAAUAAACGUCUAUAAACACAAGGUUAAAUUUAUAGGUUUUGUCGAAAACUUUAAAUGAAUUAGCGGAAUUUAGUUGA